CAUCCGGAAGUGUUUUGUUUAUAAUCUCAUGCUGGACUGACACAAACUGACAUAAGAGGACGGCUUUACUCAAUUUUAGCUAAAAUGGUUUAAUUAUUUGACUCGUGCUUCGAGAUAAAACGUCAACAGACUAUUCUGCAAUAUCGACUUCAAGUAAAAAGACCUCAAUAAAGUGGGAAGAUGCCUGCUCGAAGCACUAUAAACAGUGGAGUCAGAUACUCUAAGCUAGCCAGUGAUGAUGAUGGAUACAUUGAUCUCCAGUUUAAGAGGAGUCCACCUAAAGUCCCGUAUAAAGCGAUCGCCCUGGCAACCGGUCUCUUCCUCAUCGGCUCUAUACUGAUCAUCAUCGGGUCUCUCCUGUUAGCAGGAUACUUUGAAGUUAAUGAUCACCGCGAUCGCACCAUCCCCGUGCUGAUUAUUGGGAUCCUGGUCUUUCUUCCGGGAUUUUACCACCUGCGCAUCGCCUAUUACGCCUCCAAGGGUUAUCGAGGUUAUUCCUAUGAUGACAUCCCAGACUUUGACGACUGACAGAGAUCUCAGCCUGUGUUCCUGCACCGCUGCCGGUGUGUCUCAAACUCCUGACAGGCUCAUUUUUUACACAUCCAUAUAGACUGAGAAGGGGAAUUUAUGAACUAGAGGUUUCAUGUGAACAAAAUCACUGUAUUAUAGAUUAAAUGACACUGUAUAUGUGUUACAGGGAACAAACAAAACCUGAAGCCAAAAAACAGCUCAAAACACACCACAUGUUGUUAUAUAUAUAUAUUUGAUUGAUUACUCUGGGGUUGAAAUCUGCCAUUAUUGAUGUGAAUUUUUUUUUUUUGCCCAGUUCUAAAGAACAUAGUCAUGUUAUUUAACAUUACAUUUUCAAACCAUCCUUGAAAUUGAAAGCAAAAUGAUUUAAUUUUUACAUUUGAACAAAUGUGAUGUGAAUAAAGCAUCAUUUCCAUGGAUGAUAUUUGAUGUCAUGCCACUGGAUUGAACUUAUUUUCAUGCCUGUGAUGUUAUGGCUAUUGCAUAGUAAUGCUUUAUGAAUAAAUAAUUUGUUUUAAACCGAA